AUGUCGGAUCAAGAAUCAUCAUUAACACCCUCUUCUUCCGAAAAACCAUCGCGUAAAAAGCUAACUGAUGAAGAAAAAAGAGAGAUUCUUCGGAAAAGAAGAGCAGAGAAAAUCAAAGGAAACGAAGAAUCAAGAAUGCAAAAACUCAUGUAUGGUGAUUCAUCCACCUAUGCUCCAUCAUCAUCAUCACCUACGGAAACAAAAUCAGAAAAUCCAGUUGUAAAUAAUAAUAAUAAUAAUAAUAUUAGUAGCAUCGAAGCUGGAACACAACCUUCUGUAAUACCUCAGCCAGCCUUGAAUACGGACAUACAAGAAAGAAAUAAUGACAAGGAGAAUGUGCAAAAGUCCCCAACAUUUAAGCUACACGAUCCAAAAACAAUUCACCACGAGACAAAAGAAUUUACCCAACCCAUCGAUUUUUCCAAUUUAAUUCCAGUUAUUCAGCCAAAUCAAGACGAAUCGACGAGAGGCGACUUGCACUUGAACACAAUUCAAGUCAAUCAAUCAAUUUUUUCGAGAACAAGGCCAAGUAUCUUGCAAAGAAUUCGUCCAUGGCUUGUUGUACUAAUUUCUGUUUUCUGUGCCCUCUCAUUUAUCAUUAACAAUGAAGGAGUGACACUUUCCACAAAUUCUAAUGCAAACAUUCAGAAGGUUGUGGAGCAAGUAUUUGCCUUUUCCAACAAGAUUACACCACUUGCAAUGAUACUGACUUUUGAAAUUGCGUUGUUGCUGCCAAGCUUACUUUUUGGACAUUCUGUUUUUUCGAUGAGCACUGACACACCACUAGACACUUUCCUAUAUGCAAAAAGUGUAUGGGCUUUUUUGAAUACUCUUGUUUCUGAUGUGAUUCUUUUCAUUUUCGUGUACAUUGUUUCACUAUCCAUUCACAACAUUUACAAGAAUUAUGAACAUUCACAAAACAUGUUCAGCACCAUUAUGGAACCUUUUACAGACGUUCCUACAGUGUUGUGGAAUCAAUUCGGACAAAUAUUUUCAAAAUAA